GAGGAGAGAAAGAACACAGCAGCUGUGCAGAGCCACCUGCAGAAACCGUGUGAGCUCUUAAUAAAGCACGGAGAACAGGCUAAAGACUGCACUUUAGAUACUGAGUUCUGGGCUCGAUACGGCGAGAACAUGGAUGGCCCAGAACCCUGCAGAAUAAAACGAGAUGCUGGUGACGAACGCAUAGGCCUGACGGAAGAGAACAAGGUGAUUGAAGAACUGAUGGAAGCGGGGGAGAAACAUCCUGACACUCGCCCUCAGUGUGGAGAGAGCUUCUCAUGCGAACAAAGUCUUAAUCUUCACAUGAAACUUCACAGUGGAAUGAAGCCGUACGCAUGUGAUCAGUGCGAGAAGACUUUCACGCUAAAAGCUAACCUUGCCAAACACAGUAAAAUCCACACUGACGAGAAGCCACACGCGUGUGAUCAGUGCGGGAAGAAGUUCAGAAAUAAAGGAAACCUUAAUGAACACAUGAAAAUCCACACGGGAGUGAUGCCGUACGCGUGUGAUCAGUGCGGGAAGAAGUUCAGAAAUAAAGGAAACCUUAAUGAACACAUGAAAAUCCACACGGGAGUGAUGCCGUACGCGUGUGAUCAGUGCGGGAAGAAGUUCAGAAAUAAAGGAAACCUUAAUGAACACAUGAAAAUCCACACGGGAGUGAUGCCGUACGCGUGUGAUCAGUGCGGGAAGAAGUUCAGAAAUAAAGGAAACCUUAAUGAACACAUGAAAAUCCACACGGGAGUGAUGCCGUACGCGUGUGAUCAGUGCGGGAGGAAAUUCAGACAUAAAGGAAACCUGAAUACACACAUGAGAAUCCACGCCGGAGAGAAACCCUUCGCAUGUGAUCAGUGCGGGAAGAGUUUCAGACAUAAAGGAAAUUAUAAUGAUCACAUGAAAAUCCACUCUGGGGAGAAGCAGUACGCGUGUGAUCAGUGUGCUAAGAGUUUCAUACAAAAAGGACAGCUUAAUGAACACAUGAAAAUCCACACGGGAGUGAUGCCGUACGCGUGUGAUCAGUGCGGGAGGAAAUUCAGACAUAAAGGAAACCUGAAUACACACAUGAGAAUCCACGCCGGAGAGAAACCCUUCGCAUGUGAUCAGUGCGGGAAGAGUUUCAGACAUAAAGGAAAUUAUAAUGAUCACAUGAAAAUCCACUCUGGGGAGAAGCAGUACGCGUGUGAUCAGUGUGCUAAGAGUUUCAUACAAAAAGGACAGCUUAAUGAACACAUGAAAAUCCACACUGGAGAGAAGCCCUGGAGAAUAACUACUGGAGAGCCGCACGCAUGCACUCAGUGUGGAAAGAAGUUCAGACAAAAACACCUCCUUGAUCAACACAUGAGAAUGCACACUGGAGAGAAGCCGCACUCGUGCGAUCACUGCGGGAGGAAAUUUAGAUAUAAAGGAAACCUGAAUACACACCUGAAUAUCCACACUGGAGAGAAACCCUUCGCAUGUGAUCAGUGCGGGAAGAGUUUCAGACAUAGAGGAAAUUAUAAUGAUCACAUGAAAAUCCACACUGGAGAGAAGCAGUACGCAUGUGAUCAGUGUGCUAAGAGUUUCAUACAAAAAGGACAGCUUAAUGAACACAUGAAAAUCCACACUGGAGAGAAGCCCUUCACAUGUGACGAGUGCGGGAAGAGUUUCAGAAAGUCAAGUGUUUUCAAAGUGCAUCUGCUCACUCAUUCUAGAGAAAGAAUUUAUAAGUGUGACCAGUGCAGUAAAACAUUUUUUAGGCCAGAUUUCCUGAAGGACCACAUGACAGUGCAUACACAGGAGAGGCCUUACAUAUGUUCUUUGUGUGCAAAGAGCUUUAGACAGAUGGGUAAUUUAAAAACACAUCUGAAAAGACACAGCGGUGUGAAGGAUCAUAUUUGCUCUGAGUGUGGAAAGACGUUUUUUACAGUUCAUGCACUGAGAAAGCACCAGACGGUUCACACCGGAGAAAAACCUAACCAGUGUUCACACUCUGACAAGACAUUCACAUGGCCAGAAUAUCUGGAGAUACACGAGACGAUCCACACUGAAGAGAAGCCACACACGUGUGAUCAGUGCGGGAAGAAGUUCAGACUUAAAGGAUUUCUCUAUGAACACAUGAAAAUCCACACGGGAGCGAUGCCGUACACGUGUGAUCAGUGCGGGAGGAAAUUCAGACAUAAAGGAAGCCUUAAUACACACAUGAGAAUCCACACUGGAGAGAAACCCUUCUCAUGUGAUCAGUGCGGGAAGAGUUUCAGACAUAAAGGAAAUUAUAACGAUCACAUAAAAAUCCACACUGGAGAGAAGCCGCAUGCAUGUGAUCAGUGCGGGAGGAGUUUCAUACAAAAAGAACACCUUAAAAAGCACAUGAGUAUCCACACUGGAGAGAAACCCUUCACAUGUGAACAGUGCGGAAAGGGUUUCUUAAAAAAAGAACGCCUUAAAAAACACAUGAAAAUACACUGAUCACAUGUGUACGGCUUCUCUUCAGUGCGGUAAGAAUUUCAGACUUAAAGGAACUCUUAAUGAACACAUGAGAAUCCACACUGGAGAGAAGCCCUUCACAUGUGAACAGUGUGGAAAGAGUUUUAGAAAGUCAAGGGUUUUAAAAGAACAUCUGCAUACUCCUCCUAGAGAAAGACUACAGUCAUGGCCAAAAGUUUUGGCA